AUGUUCGACCCUCCUAAAUCCCUGACAAUGGAAGGGUUUGUAUUGAUAAGCGAAUUGGAUGAUCCGGUUGUUAUCAAAAGAUCACUUUCACCGAGAAACUAACGAAUUUAAAAUAUUAGCUGCGUAUGGCAUGCCUGGACAGAGAUCCUUGAAUUUCAAGAUAUGGGAAAUUUAAGUAUAAAAAUGAAUCAGGAAAGGUUUUCUCCACUAUUACAAGGACAAAACAUAGUAUUGUUCGGGCCGAUUAUGGGGUUUGUAGAGACCCUCUUUCAUAUGGCCCGAACAACACCAUGUUUUAUCCUUAUAAUAGUAGAGUGAAUUUUCUCGGUGACUGAUAGAUAACGCCAUUUUCUAUGCACUACGGAAAAAAUUCACUCUAGUAUUAUAAGGAUGGAACAUGAUGUUAUUCGGGUCAAUUCGUGGUUAUCAAGGAUGCUCUUUCUUAUCGCCGGAAUAACCCCGUGUUCCAUCCUUAUAAUACUAGAGUGAAUUUUUUCCGUAGUGCAUAGAAAAUGGCGUUAUCUAUCAGUCACC